AUGGGUGGAUCUAGGGUUUCUUUGAAUCAUGGAAUCUCAGAAGCAUCUCAAGCCAAGAAUUUUGUUUCUGGAUUGAUCCCAUUUUUUGAUAGGGUUGCGAGCAAUUUCACCACACGUUGGUCUACUAGUUCAAAUGGAUUUGGGGUUAGAGAUGCUUCUAUCUGUGAUAGCAUUUGGUGCUUGAAAUGGGCUUACACGUUUGGGAAAAUGGGCCUCUUUCCUGAACUCCUUUCUAAAUUGAAGGGCCUCUUGGAAUCAAGGCUGGACGCGUGGAUUACUGGAAAUCAGACAAUAAUUUCAAAGAAUGGCACAUUUGAAUUGGGGUUCCUCAGCCCAAAUGGAACCAACAACUCGUAUACCAAUAUCAUAGAGAAGAUGUUUGUUUGGGUGGCUAACAGGGAGAAUCCCGCGAGAAACAGCGAUGACAAUAAAUCUGAAACUGUUUGGCAGAUUUUCGAUCAUCCACUUGACACCUUGUUGCCAGGGACGAGGUUCGGUGGACAGCGAAAGCUAGUCUCUUGGAAAAGCUCAUUGGGGGAUCCUGCUUCAGGGCUUUCUCCUAUCAGGCAAAUUCCAGAAAUAACAAAUAAAGGCUUAUACAAUAUCAGCGUUGAAAAUACUAACUCUGCUUUGAUAUCACUUAUACCUCGAUGGCUAUCACGAAUGUGCUCUCACAUUUCGUCCUUGUUAAGUCUGGAGGAAUGCAAUUAUAUGCUCUGCUUGAUGACGCUAAAUGAAGCAUGUGCCGUGUAUGGUUUGUGCGGCGCUUACGGAAACUGCAACUCCAACAAUCUUCAGUUCUGCAGCUGCGUGGAAGGCUUCAGCCCCACAGACAAAACCGCACCUGGGAUUCGCAAGAGUGGUGGUCCAGUGGCUGUGUCCGGCAGAGCCCAUUAA